AUUUGACUUGACAACUGUCGGACGUGCACGAGAAAAAAAUAAAAGUUUUAAAAGUGAUUCGCAAGUGAUAUUUGUGUGAUUUAAUAUAUUUAUAUGGCGAUUAAUUUAUUUUAAGUUCGUGUUAAGUGUUUUGUACAUAGAUAUUAUUGUGAACUGUGUAAUUUGUUUACACAAAAUGAUAAUUGAAAACCCAGACGCUUUUAAAUCUUGGUUGACGUCCAUAUUGGAACCUCUAUGUGACGCGGACCCGGCUGCUCUCGCCAAGUAUGUGUACGCGCUGGUGAAGAAAGACAAGCCACUAGACGAGCUGCGGGACGGCAUGCUGGACCAGCUUGAUGUAUUUCUGCAGCACGAGACAAGACCCUUUGUAGACAUGCUGUUCAAAUCUCUGGAAACACAGGAGUACUUGAAGGCCUCUGUGGAGGAAGAGAAGAAGCAGCCUUCUCCGCCACCAGAACCCACUGAGCUGGAGAAGGAACCUGAGAAUGAAAACCAUGUGCCACCAUUGCCCCCGGCGGAGAAACCACCUAUACGGGCGCGCGUGGAAAGCGGCAACGGCGCUCACCGAGUAGUGGUGCCGCGCUCCAGGCCGCACCCUCCCCACGAACAGACACUAGUGAAGCUUCUACCUACUGAACUGCUGGAAGAACCAGUGGAGCCGCCCAGGAGGAGAGAACGAAGAACUGACUCAUUGCGCGACAAGGAGGAGCGGCGGCGACGUCGUUCGCGCUCGUGGGAGCGGCGCGCGCGGCCGCGGCGCGUCAUGCGGGACGGCGAACACGAACGGAGGUGCGCCAGAAGGCCGCCGUCGCGGUCGCCGUCGCCGCGCGGCCGCUAUCGCAACAGAAGCCCGCCGCCCGUCGUUGCGGACAGACAUACUAGCCGCUCUAGAUCAAGAUCCCCACCAGGCCCGAUGCGCGAUCGUGAACUGGAGAGGGAAAGGGACAGAUUACGCGUACCGCGUGAGAUGGAAAGAGACAGGAUGUCGCGCGACAGAGAACAUAGAGACAGAAUCUCGCGAUCCAGAGAUAGGGAUCGGUCACGUGAGAGAUCGCGCGACCGCUCGAUGUCCCCGCACGGCGACACGCGGCUGGAGCACACCGACCCCUUCAAGAGGAGGUGUAGAGAUUUCGAUGUGAAAGGCUACUGCAUGCGCGGAGACCUCUGCGAGUGGGACCACGGGGUUGACCCGGUGGUGUUGGAGGAUGCUACGCUCACCAGGGUGCUAGCCAUACCCCCGCCUGUGCCUGAGUACAACCCGGCGGCUCCCGACAUCUGGGGCGGAGGAGUAGUGAGCGGGUUCGCGCCGCCCUCCAUACCGCACCUGCCGCACAUGCCUCACCACUUAGCGCCCAGAGAACUCGUCCCCAUACCCAGAGUGCGCCACGAGCCUCCCAUGGGCGCCACGAUGCCGCCCGCGCCGCGGCACCCCGCGCCGAUGAAGAAAAACUUCGACUACAACCGGCUUGGUCCCUCAAGGCCUUCCAUCCGUCACAACACUGCCAACUGUUCGCUGGAAGUGAAGAAGGUGCCGCCCGGCCUCAACGACAUCACACAUCUCAACAACCACUUCUGCAAGUUUGGCAAGAUUGUCAACAUUCAGGUUUGCUACGAGGGUGACCCCGAGGGUGCUUUAAUUACGUUCUCAAACCCAACGGAGGCGAACGUGGCGUACAAAAGUACUGAAGCGGUGCUCAACAACAGAUUCAUCAAGGUCUUCUGGCACAACCCUGAGAAUAAACAAGAGAACACAGCGCCCGGCGGUCAGCAGGCGAACAAGCCGACAGACAGAAAUGCGCACCUCAUGUCUCACAACAAGGUGCUGAUCAACAUGGACAACAUCAAGGCCACCGCCGACAACAAGCAGAACGCUGAGAAGCUAGCAUUGCAGCUAGCCAAAGAGACAGCAAACGGCCAGGAGCCGAUAAAAGAACCAGUGAAAAAAGUAGACACAAGCAAACAAGUACAAGAAAUGCAUCGACGCGCGCAAGCCUUGCUGCAGACCCAGCUGACGCAACAGAAGCUGCUCAUAGAGCGCCUCGAGACAGGCAACGGCACGGAGCAACAGAAGGCUGCUCUGAUGGAAGCCAUCAACGCUUCGCAAGAAGGCAUCGAGAAGCUGAGGAAAGAACUAGUCGCGUACAACGGCAUGGCCAAACAGAUGCAGGACGAGUCCGUCUCAAGAUCGCUGUCUCGCCUCCACCUCCACCAGGCGAACGCCAAGAAACCCAAAACACCGCAGGAAGCGCAAAAGGAAAUAUUGGACGCUGAAUUGGAUAUUAUUACAAAACAACAGGAGGGACAAGAUGUAACGGAACUGGCUCGGAAGAUCGCGGAGAUGCGGCGACAGAUGGCGCUGCAGUUCCCCACGCACGCCGGCAUUCGACGACCGCACUCGAGCUAUCGUAUAGUGAAACGAAAACUUAGGGGUGGUCGCUUCAACUCGGCGAUGCGCUACACGCGCGGCGGGCUGGCCGCCAAGGGGUUCAGCGUCAACCAGUCGGUGGACCACCGGCCCCGAGCGCUGCUCGUGUCCGGCUUCGAGCCCGAGGAGCUGGACGCGCUGCAGGCGCACUUUGCCCAAUUUGGUGAGAUCACCGCCAAGGAAGUGAACCUCUCAGUGCCAGAGUUGGUGGUGCAGUACCGAGCGCGCGCGCACGCCGAGCAAGCUCUGCUGAGGGCGAGGAACUACAACGACAGGACGCUCUCCAUAACAUGGGUGACGAAUAACAAGGCGCUAAGCGCUGCGCCCGCGCACAACGGUGCGACCAACAAUGCUGCGCCCGAAAACAAGGAAGUACAGACGCCGCAGGAGUUAUCCGAAGACGCGCUUCUCCGUUUCGACGAGGAGGAAGAAGACGAAGAAGACCGCUCCUGGAGACGUUGACCUUUGACUCUCGCUGGCGACGCUGGCGGUGCUACUUUUGCUACUCACACUACUGCUACUACCUGCUGCCUGCAGAUUAGCAUAAGUUACGUCAUAAGUGCUACUGGUCUCUUUAUUAAUAUGAAUAACGUUAAUUUAGUUAGUAGCAAAAGUAGCGAUAGGUAGUCGAAACUUAAUUUCGGAAUAUGUAUAGCAUUUUUAAGGGCCGAUUUUUCAGUCGCUUAACAAAUUUCAACUAACAAUAAGUUGGACAUUUUGACGGAUUUACAUUAAAAAACUGUGAUAAUGUCUAAUUUAUUCCUAUAGGUAAAUAUUUGGCGACUGCAAAUUCGGUCCUAAUAUGAGUAAACCUUUAGGGUAAUAAGUACUGGAAAAAUCUUAUAACUAUAUAUAUAUCUUUAUAGAUUUAAAGAUUUUUGCUGGCUACUUUCGCUGCUAUUACAAAUUGCUUAAUUCAGGUUAAUUUAACGUACUUCGGAUAUUUUUUAAUAUUAAUAUCGUUAAUUUAGUAGCAAAAGUAGCGAUAUGUAGUCGAAAGUUAAUUUCGUUUAGCAUUUUUAAUAUGAAUAAACCUUUAGCGUAAUAACUACUGGAGAAGUUGAUUUUUGAUUUUCGCUGGCUACUUUUGCUGCUAUUACAAAUUCGUUCUACGUUCAGGUACAAUCAAAUUCUACCUACGUCAUAAAUUCUACUGGUCAAAGUGUAUAACGUCAAAUUAGUAGCAAAAGUAGCAAUGUGGAUUUUAAAAGUAUUUACCAAUUAAAGCUCACUAUAUGAAAUAUCCUAGAAAACUUGAUUUAUAUAUUUAUUUAUUUUACACUCAUUUUUUAUAUUCCGUGGCAAUCGAUUAUUGUUAUUAUAAAUUAAAAUUUAUUAAUUUAAUGUUGUUACUUUUGCUACUUCUACCAUGUUAUUACAAUGCUACUAGCGAUCCAAAUAUCUAUCAAUCUAUACAUAAUCUGUCGAUAAGCUACUUAGCAUGUUGCUAUUUGUCGCAGUUUUCUAAAUGUAAUGAAAUAUAUUUAUUUGCUGAAUAUGAGUUCAGUACAUAAUGUUCAAAAUAAUAUAUAACUAAGAAUAAGCGACCUUCAUAUUCUACUACAUAAGCAUGCAAAUAUUCAAUGCUAAUCAGGGAAAACGAUCUCUUUCAAUAAAUUAUAACAAUCAUAAAAAUAAGUAACAAUCAAUUUUUUUACAAAUAACGACAUUGCUAUUUGCAAGUAACUUUAUCGAAAGUUUACAUAUAAUAUAUUGAUUAUUAAUUUUGGCCAUAAGCAACAAUUUACUUGAUCAUACUAACACACGGAAUAAGACAAAUAUAAAUUACUCAGAUGCUUUCUACGCCAUUGAUUCUACUUCUUACAACUAUGCUAUUAAACUCGAAGAUUGCAAUACAAUAGGUGUCAAAAUAUUAAAAAGCUAUUUUACUUUAGGAUAAUUUUAUCUAAUCCUAAUAACUCAAGUCGUCAUAAAUACUACUAAGAAAAAUCUAUCAAACUAUUAAACAUAAUAUAUUCGUACAAAUAUUAAGUAGAUGUCGUGAAAAAUAAAUAUGUAUAGUGUCAUAUCGGAAUCAUUAAAUUAAUGUAUAGAAAAGAUAGGCUUAACUUUUUAGUAGAAUUUAAGACGCGGGCAAUAAGCUAUCGCUAUAAAUGCUAUUUCUACUAACGCUAACCGCGCAUUAUACCACUCAUCGAACGCAACACGUUAUCCAGAUUGGACUUUGAAAUAACCGAUUAAAAUGGCGAAAAUAAAACUCAGGACCGAAAAAACCGGUCUUACAAUCAGGGGAAAUAUGCAUGUGGUUUAUUUAAAUUGAAUUCAAGUAAGUAGGUAUUUCUUUUUUUUUUUAAUGGAAAUCAUAAAAUUAAUCUAAACCAUCCAUUUUAUUUAAACAAACACUUCAUGAUUAUAUAAUUUAAUAAAUAGUCCAAAUAAUGCAUGAGAAUUUUCAAACUGUAUCAUUGGUUGUAAUGAAAAUUACACCAUCCAUGUCAGCCAAUCAGGAUCGUUCGAUUUUGUGUGACGUCAGCAUACGUACACGAUAUUAUUAUCAUUACGCCUCAAAAUGGCGGCGUUAAAAACUUCUGAAUCUAAUCACAGAUAAAUAACUAUGGUGUAAGUAAAUUAACAUAUAAAAAAUACAUGCAUUUCCCUAUUUUAAUGUUCUCGUAUAGUUAUCGUUUAUUUAUGUACAAGCGAUAAAGAUAGGUAAACUGGGCAGGCAUAUUGUCUGAAAAAAAAGUCAAGUCAAAGUUUUUCAGAAAAUACGUCCAAUUGAGUAUCAACAAUUUAUACCUCGGCGAAGCAAUAGUAGAAUAUAUGUGAUUAUGUCUAUACGUUUACACGUUUGAUUAUGAUUAUGUAUACAUGUUUGAUUACGUGUAUGCUACACGUUUGCAUAAUAUAAUAAACGCAAAUGUACCACUUGCCACAUAAGCGCGAUAUCACAAAUUAUUUGCUGAAUCCCGUUGGUGGUUCUACCAUUCGAGGCUCGAGCCAUCGCCAACGGUGACUUUGCAGCGAAAAAAUAGAAAACGGUUAAGUACGACUCGGAUUAGCACAUGAGGGGUUCCGUACCAUUUUACAAGAAAUAACACUAUUUUUUCUAAAUUUUCAUUCAUAAAAUUUGAUGUUUUGUCAUAACGACAAUAAAUACACAUUCCGUGAAAAUUUCAACUCCACCAAUUACGGUUCACGAGAUACAGUCCGCUGACAGACAGAUGGAAUGACAGCGGAAGUUUAGUAAUAAGGUCCCAUUGGCAUC